UAUGGCAACGCCAUUGAGCGGCACACGUGCGAUUUUGUUUUAGUUUGUUCGUCUAAAAAUGAAGUUGGCUACGAAAAAGUUAAAACUCUGGGCAAACCCAAGCCCGGAAUUAGCAAAAAGAAGUCAGAAAAGGAUUCGCUCAAAAAGACAAAGUCUAAAAAGGCUGAAAAAGUCUCUGAAACCAAAGUGAUUACCAAGAAAUCAAAGUUGAAAGUUGCUCCUUCUACCAAGAAUGGUAAACCUGCGAAGAAGGGAGCCAAAAAAUCGCACGAGAAGGAACUAGAAGGACUAAAGGAUAUAGAUCCGGAGUUCUAUGAUUUUCUCAAAAAGAACGACAAGAAAUUGCUGGACUUUAAUCUGUUGGACAGCGAUGACGAGGAUGACGAGGUUGAAGAAACUAAGGGAAAGACGGCGGAAGAAAACGAAGACGACGACGAGGAAGACGAAGAGAAGUACCACAAGCCCAGCGAAGACUUGGCCGUGGCCAGCGAUGAAAGUGACUUUGAGGAUGAGGAAGAAGCCACUGCUGGUGGCACUCAGAAGAUCACACUCAACCUGUUGCGUCAGUGGGAACAGCAAUUGGGCCAGCCCAACGUCUCUAUCGAUGUUGUGCGCAAGGCGAUUCAAGCCUUCAACUCUGCGUUAGCCAGCAUCUCGGCAGAUGGAGCUGAUGGCGGAGAAAACCAACCCAAUGCGGCCGCCUUUAAGGUUGUCGGAGCAGCUGCCUUCAAUGGAGUCAUUCAACUAUGCGUGCUUCACCUUCAACCAGCUAUUAUCAAAGUGCUGGGCGUUAAGCCCAACAGCAGUCUGCCUCUGCACAAGUACAAGAAGUGGGUCAAGGUGCGCGGUUGCCUGCGAUACUACCUCACCGAUCUGAUUCGUCUGGUGGAGCAGGUUUCAAGUGCCAAUAUCCUCGGGGUAUUGCUCAAGCAUUUGCACCAAAUGGCCGGCAUGGUGGUGCCCUUUUCUGCGCUUGGAAAGACCAUACUGAAGCGCCUAAUAGUGCUCUGGGCCACUGGAGAUGAAACGGUUAGAGUUUUGGCCUUUCUCUGCAUUCUGAAGAUAACCAGGAAACAACAAGCUACCAUGUUGAACCACGUUCUGAAAGCCAUGUAUCUUGCAUAUGUGCGGAAUUCCAAAUUCGUGUCUCCCAACUCUCUGCCUGGAAUCAACUUCAUGCGCCGCUCGCUGGUGGAGAUGUUUGCGUUGGACCUGAACGUUACCUAUCAACAUGCUUUCCUCUACAUCCGUCAGUUGGCAAUUCACUUGCGAAACGCAGUAAUCCUAAAAAAGAAAGACAGCUUCCAGGCCGUGUACAACUGGCAGUUCAUCAACUCGCUGCGUCUGUGGGCAGAUCUUUUGGGAGCGACUGCGAACAAACCUCAGCUGCAGCCUUUGGUUUACCCCCUUGUUACCAUUGCCACUGGAGUUAUUCGUCUCAUACCCACCGCUCAAUACUUCCCGUUACGAUUCCAUUGUCUGCAAACUCUCAUUUCACUGGCCAAGGAGACCAAUACGUACAUACCAGUGCUGCCGCUGAUUGUGGAGGUCUUAAAGAGCAACACCUUUAAUAGAAAGCACUCGGCGGUGUCCAUGAAGCCACUGCAGUUUACAUGCGUACUGAGGCUCAACAAAGGACAGCUGGCGGAGAAUGGCUUCCGAGAUGAGGUGAUCGAGCAGGUGUGCGGCCUUUUACUGGAAUAUCUCGCUCAUGAGUCCGCUUCGCUGGCAUUUAGCGACCUGGUGGUGCCCACGGUGAUGGCAAUUAAAGCUUACCUCAAGGAUUGCCGGAAUGCCAACUAUGCCCGCAAGCUGAAGCAGCUGUUGGAGAAGAUACAAGAAAGUAGCCGUUUCAUAGAACAGCAGCGUGGGAAGAGCAGCGUUAACUUUGACCUGAAGAACGCUCAAGCUGUGACCGCCUGGGAGCAGCAGCUCCGGCUAAAACGCACUCCCCUGGAUAUUUACUACGCCAGCUGGUUAAAGACACACGAGACCAAGAAACGACGACAGGCGGCGCAAACAGAUGAAAUCAAUGCGGACUACGAUGUGCCCAAGCUGAAAAAGUUACCGGCGAAAUCGGGUGUGCCUGUUAGGAAUGAAAAGGGCGAAGUUGAGUUGUUCCCCUCGGAUUCGGAAGAUGACGAGGAUGGCUUGCCCGUGGCAUCAGAUGAUGAUAUUGAAGACGAGGAAGUGGACGAGGAGGAGGAGGAGGAAGUGGAGCCGCCCAAAGCCAAGAAGGCCAAGAAGGAGAAACCUGAGAAGGUGAAACCGCAGCCUGCAACAAAGGCGGAAGAUGAUUAUGAUGAAGCGGGUGGAGCCGUGGAUAUAGUUAAGGACUUGGACCUGAACGAUUGGUAGAACAUUUAAGAUCACUUUACUAUAUUUACACAUUAAAUUGUUUAAAAAUACAAAUACUAGAAUUAUUUCUCCGGUGGCUCCUUGCCCGGAAUAAACUCA